AUGAAAUUCUAUCUUUUCGAACUUUUGGUUUUCAUUGCUUCCGUAUUUGUCCUCGUCAACGCAAUUCCAGCUCCGAAAGCUCCAAAAGCUCCAAAGGCUAACCAGGCCAGCUCCAGCUCCAGCUCCAACUCCACAGCAACAUGUUUUAAAAAACAAAACGGGUUAGAUGCGGAGGCUCUUCAAAAUAAGUUUACCACUUUCACCACAAGUACUCCAUGUAAUCCUGGUGAUAUGGCUUGUAUUAAUGGCGAAUUUGCUCAAUGUGUCAGUCAAAACAAUUGGGCUCUUCAACAGUGUAGCGGUGGUUUGACAUGUUGCGUACUUCCCCUUGUGAAUAAACCGGGUACUUCGAUCACUUGCGAUUCCAAGGCAGAUCAAGCUGCAAGAAUCCAGACUGCAAAAAAUGCUUGUUAA